GUUCGUUACUGACGUCACAAAAGAAUUCUUGUGGAAGGAAAAAUCGAUAAUACAUGAAUUAAUUAGUUGAAUGAUACAUUUAAAAUUCUAAAAAUUAACGAAUUUUAAUGCAAUCAUCACGGAGAUAAUGCGGUUUUAUUAAGUUUUAAAUAAUUAGUUCAAAUGUCUUAUUCAUACGUCAGUCAAUUGUCACUUUUGUCAGUUAACCUAACCUAUAUAAACAAAGCGUUUUUUAUCGAUUUUAUCGGUUAAAUGUAGCAAAUUAAAAUGCCGGUGGAUAUUAAGGAAUUAACUGAAGGCUGGUUGGAGCUUGAAAGUGACCCAGGCCUGUUUACUCUAUUAUUGGAAGAUUUCGGUGUAAAAGGUGUGCAAGUGGAGGAAAUUUACGAUCUUAAUAAACCCUUGGACUCGCCUGUGUACGGUUUUAUAUUUUUGUUUAAAUGGGUUGAGGAACGUCGGUCAAGAAGGAAAGUUGUAGAACAGACUGACACAUUUGUUAAGGAUGAAGAUGUGGUCAAUAAUAUAUUUUUUGCGCAGCAAAUGGUGCCCAAUAGCUGCGCAACACAUGCGCUGAUAUCGAUUUUGCUUAAUUGUCCCACUAUACAUUUAGGGGAGACUUUGGUGCGCCUGAAGGCGCACACACACGGCAUGUCGCCGGACAACAAAGGCUGGGCGAUAGGCAACACCCCUGAACUCGCGUGCGCGCACAACUCGCACGCGAUGCCUCAAGCGAAGCGUAAACUCGAAAAGGCCUCGUCCAGCGUUUCCACCGGCAGAUUCACCGGCGAGGCCUUUCACUUCGUCAGCUUCGUCCCGAUAGGCGGCAGGCUUUUCGAGCUGGACGGCCUGAAGCCUUUCCCCAUCGAUCACGGGCCCUGCAGCGAGUCGGAGUGGACCGACAAGUUCAGGAACGUCAUGACCGACAGGCUGGGCAUCAACGACGAGUACAACGAGAUCAGGUUCAACCUGAUGGCCGUGGUGCCCGAUAGGAGGCUAGCCAUCCACCACAAACUAAAAAUGCUGAGGACCAACAAGCAAAUCGUGUUGGACGCGUUGUCACAUCUGGCGAAAAUCAGGGAAAAAACCUCAAACCAAACAGAACAGAAAAAAGAACCGACAACUUUGCUAACAAACGAAAUCAACACUACUGACAAAACAAGCACUGGAAAUAGUACUGAAUCAUCCGGAAACAAAACUGAAGUCCCACCUACAACAGAAGCUCUACAACCACCUAAAAAAGACCCGGAAACUUCCUCGGCAACAAAAAGCAACAGCAAAGUGACGCUGUGCCCCUUGGACUAUGCAACCCCGUUAACGAUACAGACGUCACCGGCUCCGAGCACUUCCGGUACCGACACCAGUUCGGACAUCGGUUCGGCUUUCAAUUCGCCCACGCAGGCGUGGAACUGGGCCAAUCAGACGCAGCAAAACAGCCCGUCCUCGAGGGACUUGAAGCGGUUCGUGGUUUUGAGGAUGGAGGGUGAAGUCAAUGCCGAAAACAAAACAAUUGAAAACCUCGAACGUAAAACGUGCGGAGUGCACGCCAGGGUGCGCACCAGCGAUGGUGAUCCUGUGGUGGCGGAAAAAAAACCGCACGAACUUCUGGAACCGCACACUUUCGCGCCAAAAGACUUGUUAGCCUUGCUACGCAACCUGGAAAGUGAAAUAUGCAUGUGCGAAAUGUCUUUGAAGGACGAAAAUGACAAACAAAAUAAGUAUAAGAUCGACGACGGUCGAAGAACACACAAUUAUGACGAGUUUAUUUGCACUUUUCUGUCCAUGCUGGCACAACAAGGCAAAUUGGGGGACCUUGUGGAACAAAAUUUGGUUAUUCCCAAAAAACCCGGUAUAAACGCGCCCCCCGCACCUAAAACCAUAAAAACCACGAAAAAAGACAGCAGGAAGAAGAAAAAAGGCAGAAGCAAAAGUAAAAUAAAACGUAAACGGUGAAAAGUUGAAAAAAUAGGCUUUAAGAGUUAAAAAUGCAUUUAUAUAAUAAGUUAAUUAAUAUAAAUAAUAAGUAUA